CCAAACCGCCUGUGACUGCAUUCCAUCCCAUUUGAGCAACUCCUUGCUACACUACGCCUUGCGUUCCUUGCACCUCCAAACUCAACCCAUCUCAACCUGCUCAACCCGUUGGCCGGAAAUACUAAAGCAGGCACCACCCCUCGCUGCCCCAAGGUUAAGGUUAGCAUUAACCGAUACACAUACAACGGCAGCCCCAUCCCAACGCCUGCCUACGCUGCUGUCCGUCUACCUGUACGAGUUUCUGCCCGUUGCUUUGCCCCGCCUCAUUCCUUUUACCAGACACUUCCCGGUCAGCAAGGCCCUCAACGCUACACUCUGCCAUCUUUGAGUUUGCUGGGCUCGCCCUGGAUGCUACCUGAGCAAUAAGACGCCGCCGGCUCCCACUCCAUCACUGUUCGCGCCUUCACAGUCGCAGUCUCUUGGCGCCGAUUGCAAUUCACAACAGACAUCAUGGCUAAACCGAGGCUCAUCAUCCUUAUCCGACACGCCCAGUCCGAGGGCAACAAGAACCGCGAAAUCCACCAGACCAUCCCCGACCACCGAGUAAAGCUCACACAAGACGGCUGGCAACAAGCCUACGACGCCGGACGCCGCCUGCGCAAGCUGCUCCGUGCCGAUGACACCCUUCACUUCUUCACCUCUCCCUAUCGCCGCACCCGCGAGACGACCGAGGGCAUUCUGUCAACCCUGACGUCCGACGAGGAGGACCCCUCGCCCUUUAAGCGCUCCAAUAUCAAGGUUUACGAGGAGCCCCGCCUGCGAGAGCAGGACUUUGGCAACUUCCAGCCCUGCUCUGCCGAGAUGGAGCGCAUGUGGCAGGAGCGCGCCGACUACGGCCACUUCUUCUACCGCAUUCCUAACGGCGAGAGCGCCGCAGAUGCCUACGACAGAGUUAGCGGCUUUAACGAGAGUCUGUGGCGCCAGUUUGGCGAGAACGACUUUGCCAGCGUUUGCGUUUUGGUCACCCACGGCCUCAUGUCCCGCGUCUUCCUGAUGAAGUGGUAUCACUUCACCGUCGAGUACUUCGAGGACCUGCGUAACGUCAACCACUGCGAGUUCCUCCUGAUGCGCAAGCAGGAAGAGAGUGGCAAAUACAUACUUGAAAACAAACUCCGCACUUGGUCGGAACUGCGAAAGGAGCGGGCCCUGAUCAAGGAGAAGGAGGACAAGGAGCGGAGCGAAGAGGAACGGCCAGCCAAGGAUGCCAAGGCGGGGACUCUCCUCGAACGCAGUAAGACCUUCAUCGUCACGCGGCGCUGGGGUGGCUGUCCUAACGGGUGUAACCAUAAGAGCCACUACCAGAGGCGUGACGACCUGGAAGUUCUUCGCCAGACGGAUGAGAUCACCUCCAACGGGACAACAGGCACCAUUCACUCCUCCCGGCGACAGUCGCCUGCCCCCCGAAGACCGAUCAAGCGGUGCGAGCAGGGCUACACAUCGGACGAAGGAACCGACGGAGACAGCCGGCCACCGCAGAUUGACGUCACCCGAGCCCGGCAGGAGAUCGUCUCGUCGCCUGACGGCACGCCAUCUUUCAUCUCCGCCGAGGACCGCCUGCGGAGUAUGAUCUCGCCACAUCUCCAUGUCGGUCGCGAUUUUGGUGGUACAUACUCCGGCCGUACGUCGAUCGCUGGUAGCGAUACGGACUCGUCGGAGGAGGACGGUCACCGGCCUGAGAUCACCACCGUCACCAAAAUCAGAGUCAUCUCCAAUGUGGAGACUAUUGAAGAGACGAAUAGUAGCAUCAACGGUCUCGUAAGUCCGGCCACCGGGAUUGCGACGCCGACCACGGAGGACGAGCAGCCCGACAAGAGCGAUCGCAGCGGGAUACGAAAUGGCGCGCGGGCCAACCGUCUCGGUGACACCCACAGUAGCGAUCUGGGCUCUGAGGCAGACGAAGACGACCUCGCUCAAGCCGAAAAGGAGGACAGGAGUAUUCAAGGAAGCGUUUAUUGAUUGGUUAACGGCGUCAGACGGUCACUGGAAUUAGGCCUAGUGUGUUUCCUUGGGCGCAUCCGGAUUGGGGGACCGCGGCCUGUGCAGGAUAUGCAGUCUGCUCACGAAAUGAAGUGCAUGCAUGGACGGGACUUGACUGGCGCGGGGUCACUACAUCGACGGCGCCUUCUGUUUUCAAGUCUGUUUGGAUUACGAUAUGAGGAGGAUAUACCUAGAUUGCACGGCGCGAAUAGACAAAAAAGGCAGACAUGUAAAUGCCAACCAAGAAUGGAAAAUGUUUUUUUUUUUGCUGGG